AGAUACAUCUCAGAAAUCAGAACACUCGCAGACGACAGUUCAAUAAGAAACAAACAGCCAGAAAGAAAACUUACAGUCUGAAAGGAAACUAACAGUUCGAAAGGAAACAUACAUCGGUUUUUGAAACUUACGUUGUUUGACAACCAUGAAAGUCUACGCAGCCUUAUUAAUUAUAGCCUUUGGAUCGGCCUUGACAACGUGUAGUCCCCUAAAAGAUUUCGGUAUAACAGAAUGUCAAGACAGCAUGGCAGAUGUUGUCUUUGUCCUGGAUUCCUCCGCUAGUAUUUGGGAGCCCGAUUUUAACAGACAGGUGGAUUUUGUUAAGAACAUCGUCAAGCAGUUCAAAAUUGGACCAAACAACACGCAAGUAGGAAUCGUAACAUUUGGCCAAUACAACACGCUUCGGUUUCAUCUUAAGAAAUACCAUGACAGCGAAGAGCUACAGAAAGCUAUUGGUUGGAUCCGCUUCAAACCUGGUAGAACAACCAAUACCGGAGGUGCUAUCAAAUAUAUGUCCAAUGAAAUGUUCUCAGAGAAAAAUGGCGCCAGAGAAAAUUUCCCUAAAGUAGCCGUUGUCAUUACGGAUGGAAAAUCUACCGAGACGAAAAAAACCAUCGAGGCCGCACGAGUUGCGCGUGAAAUAGGGAUUCAUUUGUUUGCCAUAGGUGUGGGAAAGAAAUAUGACAGAAAAGAAUUAGAAAAAAUUGCCAACAAACCAUCUGAUGAAUAUGUUUUCACGGUUGACAACUACAGUGCUUUGAAAAACAUCCUGAACGUAUUUGCAGUCAAAACUUGCCAAGUGACAACAACACCGAAACCGACAACCACAACGACAAUAGCCACAACAACCACCACAGAACCUACCACUACCACCACAGAACCAACCACUACCACCACAGAACCUACCACUACCACCACAGAACCUACCACCACCACCACAGAGCCUACAACUACCACUUUUUCUUACAGAAUUGGGGAGCAGAGUGAUCAUCCCUUCGUUAAAGCAUGCAAUGGAAAACCAGCGGAUGUGUACUUCGUAAUGGACUCCUCAAGGAGCAUCGGGUCCAGCAACUACCAGAAACAGAAGACGUUUGUCAGCAAACUCCUGAGUGCCUUUGACAUUUCAAACUCCAAAACUAGAAUCGGGGUUGUGACGUACAGCAAUGACGUCAAGGUAGACAUUCCUCUUGGUUCUAUCUCAACACUCCCGGAACUUCAGAAAGCUGUUAACAAUCUCCCGUACCAUGCAAGAGGUACCAACACGGGAGAUGCCAUACAUUUCGUAAGAAAAGUCGGAUUCGUCAAAGGCGUUGCUAGACCGGAAGUAGCCCAUAUAAUGAUCGUUCUUACUGAUGGCCUCUCGAUGGAUUCCGAGAAAACACGCAGAGAGUCUUCUCUGGCUCACGAUGCUGGAAUCUAUGUGUUUGCCAUUGGAAUUGGCAAAGGGGUCGACACAGUAGAACUCGGUGCCAUUGCCAGCAACCCGGACAAAAAUUUCCUUUUCCAUGUCGAGAAUUUUGAUGCCCUAAGUUCCAUCAGAACACUGCUCGCCACUAGAACUUGUGAAGUGUUACCAAAAGACGAAGCAGCUUCAACCAGUGUUGUACCACUACCGAAAUAUGGACUAAUGGACAUCGUUUUUGUUUACGAUGUAUUCGGAAUUGGAGCCCAGAAGACUCUUAUCAUCAACAAAUUCAUCUCGUCCAUCGUAAGAAGGAUAACUAUUGGAAUGGGAGACAUCUGGGUUGGUCGUCUGAUUGCGGAUUGUCCGGAUAUGACGCAAAAUGGUCUGGUUCCGGUAACAUCCUGGAAUGAUAACUCCAAGAUUACGUUCCCGGGACUAGGAAGCCUCAUUGAGAAACUGGAUGUCUUCUUUGACAGUAAUGGCGGCCGAUACAACGCGCGGCGUACAGUGGUUGUGUUCGUGGAUGAGCAGGAACAGAACGUAAUGGACGUGGUCUCCAAACUCCACUCUCUCCAAAACAUGAACGUCAUCACCAUCAUCCUGGGGGAGGAGGAGAAAUACAUCCUGGAGGAGACCAGCACCAGGAAGUAUUUCUAUGUUCCCAGUUACAACGAACUUCUCCAGUUCACAUUUCCGUGUUUGAAACAGCUUUGUUUCUGUGAUUCCGUGUAAUCCUGUGUUCAUUAACUUAACACUGUAAAACUGUGAUAUUACAUUCCGAUAUUUUUUUUCUUUCUUUUUUGUAAGUUAUUACUUUUAUUUUAAAAAUGUCUAUUGUGUUCUAUGAUAUACAAUAUGUUCGUUCACGUUUUAUACAUUUUACAAAUGAAUGUUGUUAUAUACAGUUAUAUACACUUUAUAUUUAUUUUUAGCUUUUUCAAUAAAAAUUAA